AUGAAGCAGGGGGAUGAGAAGAGAAAAGAUGAGGGUGGCGGGCGCAUUUCGCCUGAGACGGCGCAGUACAGUGUUGUCUCCCUUGAAAGCAUUGAGCAUCACUAUGUGGAGGUGAUGAGGGAGCUUGCCAUGGAGCCACAGCUCGAGGCGUUUAAGGACGAGUACGAAAAGAUCCACCGUCUCCUGCGCAAGAGCAACGAUGGCGAGAGGCGGUUGCAGGAAAAGAUCAAGGAACUCCAAAUGGACCUCGAGGUCCACGGCACCAAGGUGGAGGCCGCGCUAAAACUGUCGCAGGAGGAUGAGGAAGUUAUUUCGACGCUGCGCAAAGAAAUUGAAAAGGCAUGGGCUCUUGCCGACAGUGCCCACGCCCGUGAAAAGGACGGACGUGAGCACAUCCAGCAGCUACGCAAGCAGGUGGCAGAGCUGGAUGCGCUGGUUGAAAGGAGCACACGCAACACGGUGGGUCAGGCGGCAUUCCUGCAUGAACUCAUCGUCUCCAAGAAGCAGCUUGAGAGCGAGCGCGUCGUGGCGCAUUCAAAGGUGUCUGGACUUAUAGACGAACGGGAGGCGAUGCGGAACAACUUAGAGAGAAUUCAGAAUGAGAAUGAGAGUGCGCGAGAAAAGCUGGAGACCACUCUAUUCAGCUACCAAACGCUACUUGAAGACCUUGCCGAAAUUCGAAGGGUGCGUGAGAGCCUCGAGCAGCAGGUGCGGGAGUGCCGUUCCACCUCAGACCAGCAGAUGCUAAAGUUGGAGGAGCGAAAACACGCCGCAGAGGCGCUCUCCACCGAGGAGAGUCGUCUGAAGGUUCUUGCCGCGGGGGAGCGGGAUGCCGUGGCGCGAAUGGCAAAGCAGCUGGAAGAGCAGCAGCGACGAUUUAAGACCGAGGCGGAUCGGCUUGCCCUCGUGGAGGCGCAGAACGCGGAGGUGAAGUUAGAGAUCCCCAAGCUGAAGACGACUUUGAAGGAGCGGCACGCGGAGGUCGCGCGUCUCGCCACAGCCCUGCGGAAGGUGCGAAGAAGUGCAGAACACCAGCAGGUGAACAUGCGUAAGCUGCUGCAGACGCGCGAGGAGCUUGUUCAGAAGGCGGAGACGCUGCAUAACACGAUCGAGGAGCGACUGGCCGCGCUGGGGUUGGCGGAGAAGGAGUUGCACGUGGAGGAGGCGCGCCUCAAGAAGACGCUGCCUGAGAAGACGGAGUUGAUUACGAACAACUCCCGCACCGAGAAUGAGCGGGUUGCGAUGGAAGGAAACCGGGUGGAGGAAGAAGGAAAGCGGCACAGCUUGGCGCAACAGCUGGACCAGCUCUUGUGCGAUAAUGAGCUGCUUCGCAAGGCCAUCUUUGAGCUGGAGCAAAGUCAGGAAAAGAUUGUCGAGCACGGUCAGCAGCUGGCGCUGCAAUACCACCAAACACUUGAGCAGACAAGGAAGUAUCGCGAUAAGGCGCGUGUGUUGCAGCAGCAACUCACUGAAAACGAGAAGCGGGGCAAGGUGCAGCAAGACUUGCUGGACCGCGUCUCGGCGGACCGGGCACGUACGGAAAAGCAGCUUAAGGAGAGCGAAAUGGAGUGGUCUGCGCUUAGGCAGCGGUAUUUGACGAAUGACGAGGAAAUCCAGCUGCUGAAGAUGCAGCUGAUUGCAAAGGAGGGGGCACUGUGUCGUCUGCACAUGGUUCGUCGGCAGCUGCAACGCGACAUCUCCAACGCUGAGCAGCGGGCAAGCCACUUGAAGGACGAUGGUCUUAAUGCCCACGCACGCCGUGAGACACUGGAGGCCGAGGCGCAACAGCUGACACAGCUCAUUGCGGAGUGUGAUGCGGAGAAGAGCAAACAUCAGUCCAAAUUUGCGGCUCUCGUCAAUGAACGCAACGUCCUCGCCACGCAGUUGAUCCGCCGCAAUGAGGAGUUGCGGCUCCUCUACAGCAAGAUCCGCCUGCAGGAAUGCAGUCUUGAAAAGGGCGCUAGCGAGUACGAUCGCCAAGUCCGGAAUGUCGAAUCAACCCGAGAUGAACUCACGGAACUGCGGUUGCGUUGCCGUCUUGCGCUCGUGCGUCUCCGCUACGCAGAAAAGCUUCAGCGCCGGAAGCAGAGUGUCGAGCGGGAAUUGUUUACCGAGCAGCAACGCUGUCGGGCACUCGUGGACGAACUCCAACGUCCAGUUCAUGUGCAUCGUUGGCGGCGACUGGAGGGAGAUGCCCCGGAGGUGCUCGACGGCAUCUACAAGGCGCAAUCGCUUGAGCGGCAGAUUCUGCAGAAGUGUGACAUGCUUGCCGAGAAAACAGAACUGCUUGCUAGGCGCACCGCGGAGUACGACGCCAUUCGACGCAAGCUUGCCUGCCUGCCGGGUCCGGAGUUAGCUGAGGACUUGAGUCUCUACAACGAGAAUUUGGGGCGGCGCAGUGAACAGAUUGAGGGGAUGAACUCGGAGCUUCGGGAGGUGGAGCAGCACGCGGACGCCCUCACGGAGGAGGUGCGACAGCUGUCCCUGGAGCUGAGCGACGUGAAGCGGCGCUACUUUGGCGCCAAACACAAGAACGAUCUGUUGCGUCGGGAGCAGUCCGUGUUUCGUUCAACGUGGGGGGAGUCUUCCGCGGUCGCAAAUGUGGCUCUCGCCGCAGCCUCUGCGCGUCAGGGGCAGCAACGGCUAGGCAGAGUUAAUGGGGAAGGUGGUCGCGAGGAGGACAACAGCCAGCAGGAGGUGUGGGUGCAGCGUCCGGCCGGAGUACGUCGUCCUUGUCUGUGGUACACGCGAACGCAACUGCGUCGGGAGCGCAUGCGGCAGGAGGCUCGCCUUGUUCAGGCGCUUUCCACCGGUGCACCUGCCCCCAAUUACCCCCUGCAGUUCCGUCCACAGCAACGGCAGUUUGUUGGUGGCGGUUAUGCGCUCACGCGGUGA